AUUCGUUCGCAAGUUGAGGACGCUUCCGAGCACACAGCGGAUCGACAAUAUCGUUGACGCUGACCGCCUUUCGAAGCAGAACACGAGUUCCCUCUCGGUUCAAUCUCAAACAGAAAAGCCGUCGUGAUCGACAUGAAUACGAGUGUCAUCUUGCAAAAGCCUCUUGCCGAUUUUUCACGCGAUAAAUAUGUGCAACAGCCUGAGGCACGAAGAAACAUCGACACGUCUGACCUGCGCAAGACGCUGAUCCAUGUCCUGGCACCAGGACCGGCAGAUAUCCAGACGCUCUGCGAUCGGCUGAGGCUUCCAGAAAGCGCAAUCAAGAAGGAGCUUGAUAGCUCGCCGGAGAUUGCCAAGCUCCAAAGCGACAAGAAGACCUGGCAGCUGCGUAACGAUGCCUACCGUGAACUCGAUGCUAGAAGCUGGCCCUAUUACACCCCCGAAGAGCGAGAGCUUGCUCUCAAGGUCGCACAGCAGGCUCUGGCGAUUCGCCCGUCGCGGAUGGCUCCGGCGCCAGUAUCGGAGCCACCAGCCGUGGUACCGAAGCAGCCGGAUACCACUACCCUCCCAGCCAGAGUCUCCACGACCACAGCAGCCACUGCACGUACCGAGCCGCCCUUGCGCCCAUCGGCGCCGUCCUCUAUGAGCUCGAUUGCAACGAACAAAUCGGGAGCAAAAGGACGCACUGGGGGCGAACGGAUCAACAAAGACCCUAAGGGCAAUCCCGACAGCUCAUACUCGUCUCGCCUGGGGCCUCAAAGCGAGACCCAGCCGGGGCCAAGCAGUGGGUAUCGUCGUCAACAUCCAGCGCCGGUCGUGGGAGACAAGCCCCGUGAGAGCAUGAUCGGCCGAUACGAGGACGACAACGAGACCGGCAAGGGCGAAGCUAGACAUGUCAGACCAAACAGCCGACGGGCCACAACGACGACAGCAGCAACAGCAGCAACAACGGCGACAGCAACAACAGCAGCAACAACGGCAGCAGCAGCAACAACAACAGCUACAGCAGCAACAGCGACAGUUGCCUCGGUCACCAAACCCCCGUCUUCCGCUGGAUUCGAGGAGAUGUACCAGCAGCUCGAGGACCGGCAGCGCGAAUGCGACAGGCUCUAUUCUGUGUUUCAGAAGCUGCGACUGGUCGAGGCCACUGCCAGCGGAUCGCAGGACGAAAGCCAGAUACGCACGCGGCUGGUUGAGUUGGCCAGGGAUAUUGGCAUCGCAGUGAGCGAGGGGGCUCUAAUCCAUAGUGAGACGCAUCGCGAAGAUUUCAAGAGCCAGCUGGUUGACGUGCUCCGCAAGCAAGUCGAGCAGUACAAGAAGGCUCGACAGGAGGCCACGGCUCUGUACCAAGCGAUACAGGAGCGGUUUGCGACCGAGCCUUGCGGCGAGCCAGACCGGUCGUAGAUCGACGGUACGAGGCGAAUGCUGACCUACGAUGGCCGAUGGUGAUGCACGAUUGGUCGAUCGACAAAUUCAUCAAGUCGCACUCAAGUUGGCCGGACUAUGAAUAUAUUGCCUCCUGUCGGAGAUGACACGCACGAC